CAAAGGCAAAGAGGUCAAGAGGAGGAGAGACGAAAAGCACGUGUACUCCAUACAGCAUUGUCCUUCCUGAGCACAUUUGUUUAUCUGAGCCUGUCUUCUGCGCAUGUAGCCAGCUAACCAGCCUUUGCACACCUAACCCACACUCAACACACAUACUUUUCUCCUGACUGGAAACAUGGUGAGCAAGACGGAUGACAUCCCGGCUUCAGCACCCGGUUGUGGUCCAGCUGAACUUGCGGACGAAGCCGGGGAUGGUGCUCAGGACGCCAAUGGAGGAAGCCGGACACAUUUGAAAGAGUCGUGCGGCUGCGGACACAGUGCAGACACAGCCAUGGUGAAUGGUGGAGGGACACACGAGCAAAUGGAGGAGGUGGAAUCAAAGCAGGACGGGCACAGCGAGGCUAAUGGGAUUGAUGAGUCCAACGAACAGGAGGUGAUAGUUAUCCAGGACACUGGCUUCACUGUAAAGAUCCAGGCGCCUGGAGCGGAGCCCUUUGACCUCCAGGUGUCUCCCCAGGAGAUGGUGCAGGAGAUCCAUCAGGUAUUGAUAGACAGAGAAGACACCUGCCACCGCACCUGCUUUUCGCUGCAACUGGACGGAAAUGUGCUGGCCAACUUUGCUGAGCUUAAGUCCAUUGAAGGCUUGCAGGAAGGAUCGCUGCUCAAAGUGGUGGAAGAGCCAUACACGGUGCGUGAAGCCCGGAUCCACGUGCGUCACAUCAGAGAUCUGUUGAAGAGUCUGGACCCCUCAGAUGCCUACAAUGGAGUGGACUGCAACUCUCUCUCCUUCCUCAGUAUCUUCACAGAUGGAGACCUUGGAGAAAGUGGCAAGCGGAAGAAAAAGGGCAGUGAGCUGGAGCAGAUUGACUGCACUCCGCCAGAGCACAUCCUACCUGGCAGUAAAGACCGACCCCUGGUGCCCCUUCAGCCACAGAACAAGGACUGGAAGCCGAUGCAGUGCCUGAAGGUCCUGACCAUGAGUGGUUGGAACCCUCCCCCCGGUAAUAGGAAGAUGCACGGUGACCUCAUGUAUCUGUACAUCGUGACAGUAGAGGAGCGCCACGUCAGCGUCACUGCCUCUACACGUGGCUUCUACCUCAACCAGUCAACUACCUACACCUUCAAUCCGAAACCAGCCAACCCAAGUUUCCUGAGCCAUUCUCUGGUGGAAUUGCUGAGCCAGAUCAGCCCUGCAUUUAAAAAGAACUUUACUGCCCUGCAAAAGAAAAGAGUCCAGAGGCAUCCAUUUGAGCGAAUAGCCACACCCUUCCAAGUGUACAGCUGGACAUCCCCACAGGUAGACCACGCCAUGGAUUGUGUACGUGCAGAGGAUGCCUACACCUCCCGCUUGGGUUAUGAGGAGCAUAUACCAGGACAGACUAGAGAUUGGAAUGAAGAACUUCAGACCACAAGAGAGCUUCCUCGGAAGAACCUGCCUGAGCGCCUGCUGAGGGAACGAGCCAUUUUUAAGGUCCAUAGUGACUUUGCAGCAGCGGCCACUCGCGGAGCCAUGGCCGUCAUCGAUGGCAACGUAAUGGCCAUCAAUCCCGGUGACGAAACACACAUGCAGAUGUUUAUCUGGAACAACAUCUUCUUCAGCCUGGGCUUUGAUGUGCGGGACCAUUAUCGCGAGCUGGGCGGCGACGCGGCUGCCCACGCCGCUCCCACCAAUGAUUUGAAUGGUGUGAGAGCGUACGGGGCAGUGGACGUGGAGGGACUCUACACCUUGGGUACGGUGGUGGUGGACUAUAGAGGCUACCGUGUCACGGCCCAGUCCAUCAUUCCAGGCAUCCUGGAGCGUGAGCAGGAGCAGAGCGUCAUUUACGGCUCCAUCGACUUUGGAAAGACAGUCGUGUCUCACAGCAAAUAUCUGGAGCUCCUGGAGAAGACCAGCAGGCCACUCAAAGUCCAGAGGCACAACGUACUCAACGAGAAGAAUGACGCGGUGGAGCUGUGCUCAUCCGUCGAAUGUAAGGGCAUCAUUGGAAAUGAUGGCCGUCACUAUAUUUUGGACCUUCUUCGCACCUUCCCACCUGACCUCAACUUCCUUCCUGUGGAGGGAGAGGAGUUACCUCCAGAGUGUCAUCGCCAGGGCUUCCCUCGCCAACACCGCCACCGCUUGGCCUGCCUUCGCCAGGAACUCAUUGAGGCCUUUGUUGAGCACAGAUAUCUCCUCUUCAUGAAGAUGGCCGCACUUCAACUCAUGCAACAGAAAGCCAGCAAGGACGCCAACAAGAACGAAACGCCUGCCAUCACUCAGACCUCAGAAACAGAGACCGACGCUGAUGUAAAACAGAGCGCUCCCUCAGAUUCUGGUGAACAGGUGUCGACAGACUGCUCAGUCCAAACUGACAGCAACCUGGCUGUGACUGAAAUGGAUGAAAACCUCUCAAACGUCGCCACCAACGGGCCCCUGGAGCCCACAGCCACACAGAAUGGAGAGUGCAAGAGCCCGCUGGAGGGUAAGGAGCUUGAGGAAAGUAUUCCGGGAUUAGCUCAGGCCAAAGAGCUGGCGGAGACCUUAGUUGCCGAAGAUGGAGCCGGUAUUGACCCAAAAAGCCGUGAGGUCGUCCUAAAUGCCUGCAAGGCAGUCGGCUCCAUCAGCAACACAUCUUUCGACAUCAGAUUCAACCCUGACAUCUUUUCUCCAGGAGUACGUUUCCCAGACGACAGUGCAGAUGACAUCCAGAAGCAAAAGCAGCUUCUCAAAGAUUCUGCUGCCUUUCUCGUUUCCUGCCAGAUCCCAUCACUGGUCAAAGACUGUUUGGACCACAGUGCUCUGCCCAUGGAUGGAGCCACUCUGACAGAGGCCUUGCACCAGCGAGGCAUCAACAUUCGCUAUUUGGGCAACGUUCUAGAGUUUGUGGAUAAGACUCCUGCCAAAGCCCAGUUGGAACACUUCUAUAGAAUAGGAAUCAUUGAGCUUAUCACCAGAUGUGCGAAACAUAUCUUCAAGACGUACCUCCAGGGAGUGGAGCUGUCCGCUCUCUCUGCUGCCGUAAGCCAUUUCCUAAACUGUUUCUUGAGCUCCUUCCCGGACGCAGUCGCUCACUUACCACCUGACGAGCUUGUGUCACGCCGCAAAAACCGCAAGCGGCGCAAUAGAGUGCCUGGGAGCGGAGACAACACGGCAUGGGCCAGUCUGACGCCCAGCGAGUUGUGGAAGAACAUUGCCUCUGAGGCUCAGAGUUACUAUCACUACACCAUCCAAUGUGACAGUGUGGACCAGGUGGUGGAGAAAUAUGGCCUUCAUAAAAUCACUCUGCUCAGAGAAAUUUCAGUCAAAGCAGGCAUCCAAAUUCUGAUAAAGGAGUACAACUUUGACAGCCGCCACAAACCUACCUUCACAGAGGAAGACAUCCUUAAUAUUUUCCCUGUUGUAAAGCACGUCAACCCAAAAGCCUCUGAUGCCUUCCAUUUCUUCCAGAGCGGCCAGGCGAAGGUGCAGCAAGGAUUUUUGAAGGAGGGAUGCGAGCUGAUCAACGAGGCUCUCAACCUCUUCAACAACGUGUACGGAGCCAUGCAUGUGGAGAUUUGUGCCUGCCUGCGCCUCUUGGCUCGCCUUAACUACAUCAUGGGGGAUCACGCUGAGGCACUCAGCAACCAGCAAAAGGCUGUUCUGAUGAGUGAAAGAGUUCUUGGCAUCGAGCACCCAAACACAAUUCAAGAAUAUAUGCAUUUGGCUUUGUACUGCUUUGCCAACGGUCAACUGUCCACUGCCCUCAAGCUGCUUUACAGAGCACGUUACCUCAUGUUACUGGUGUGUGGAGAGGACCACCCAGAGAUGGCGCUGCUAGAUAGUAACAUUGGCCUAGUACUACAUGGAGUGAUGGAGUACGAUUUAUCGCUGCGAUUCCUGGAGAAUGCUUUGGCCCUCAACUCAAAGUACCAUGGAGUCCGAUCACUUAAAGUGGCCCUCAGCCACCAUCUUGUCGCCAGAGUUUACGAAAGCAAGGCGGAGUUCCGUUCUGCACUUCAACAUGAAAAGGAGGGCUACACUAUUUACAAGAAUCAGAUGGGUGAGGCACAUGAGAAAACCAAAGAGAGUUCAGAGUACCUAAAGUACCUUACCCAACAAGCUGUGGCUCUGCAGAGAACAAUGAAUGAGAUCUACAAAAAUGGCUCCAGUGCCAGCAUCAUGCCGCUCAAGUUCACCGCUCCCAGCAUGGCCAACAUCCUGGAACAGCUCAACAUCAUCAAUGGCAUUAUAUUUAUACCCCUCAGCCAAAAAGAUCUGGAGAACCUGAAGGCAGAAGUGCAGCGACGACAGCAGCUGCAGGAACCGGAGAAGAGUGAGCAGCCCACUGAGGACAGCCCACUGGAACUAGAGGACAAAAUCCCUGUCGAUUAAUAUCUAAAAGCUCUCAACUCACAGCUACUUUUUUCUGUUGCGAAGGGUGGAGGCCGUACUGUAACGGCCUUGUCGUUAAACCCGUCAACCCGGGAACUGAGCACACUAGAUCAGCAUUGAAAUAAGAGUGGGGGGAAAAAAAACAGGGGGAUGUAUGUGUCAAGGUAUUCCAGAGAACACACACUAUGAACUGUAGGACAAAGGACAACUGAGCAGGAAUUCCUACAAGGUAGGAAGACAGGGGAGGGGUAAAGGUACAAAGAUUGAAUCAUGUAACGUGCAGAAGGACGAGAGACCAAGGAUGUCAUUCUAAACCAGAGCCUUAUCCACUGUAUUGCAAGGCCUAGUUACUCCACACCCUUCGUACCCCACCACCACCACACAGCACUGUUAGCCCAGGACCACGUUUGGCUUCCCUCAAGGAGCCUUGAAGAGCCAAGGGCAUGUAGCCGACCAAGAGCUCAAGGCUACUUUCUACUGUGCACUCAAAUCAUAUUACAUGUCAAAUUUGAGAGAUGUUUCAAGUGGGCCUUUUUAGAAUGUAUUCCCCCCCUACCACACACACACACACACACACACACACACACACACACACACACACACACCCACCCACCACCACCCUCCCAGUCAUUCCUGAUAGUUCUUUAAAUUCAGUCAGUUGUGCUGACGACCUCCUCGUUAGGUGCCUGCCAGUCCUACAAGCAAACAGCAACAACAAUGCAGCGCUUGUUCUAUUUCUUUUGCUGGAUUUUUUUUUGUUUUUCUAUCAGCGACACAAACAGGAAAGUUAAGAAGGUAUUUUAGACCUGUUAAUUUAAGCCAUGUCUGUUUUAUAGCAAAAUGUAUAGAAUGGAGAAAAAAAAUGUAUACGUCUAUCAGAUUUAAUCAUGCUUUCAUGGAACAGAUCAAAAACCGUCCACUUUAAAGCAGAUUCCACUAUA